GAUGAAUAGACAAGUCGGGCACAGCAGUAACAUGGCCAGUGGCCACCAGGGGGCGAAAGAAAGUAAGACGCUGCCAGUGCCAGAGGUGACAUCACACUUGGAUUCCGAGUGGCGUGCUGUUUGACCCAAGGGUACGACGGGAGGGCACUUGAAAUCGAAUUCCUUGCUUACGGAUCUUGCUUGUGUCUUUCCUCUUCCAGACGGAUUUAAAAUGCAGAGCUGGAUUCUCCUCAUGUGCUUCAUUGGGGUGACGCCUGCGUUCCCAGUGCCCUCCGAACUAAAUGGAGGAGGAGGAGGAGGUGAAGGAGAAGGAGAAGGAGAUGGAGAAGGAGACGGAGAAAGUCAAAGCAUUGAGCAAACCCAGACGAUCCAGCGGAUUCCUCAGUAUAUCCCGCAGAUAAUCCCACAAAUCAUUCCGCAGAUAAUCCCACAAGUCAUUCCACAGUACAUUCCUCAGGUGAUUCCUCAGGUGAUCCCUCAGGUGAUCCCUCAGCAGAUUCCUCAGUAUAUCCCACAGUACAUCCCACAGGUCAUCCCGCAGUAUAUGCCACAGCCGGUUCCACAGCCUGUGCCGGUGCCCUUUGACCCCGUUGUGUUAGUAAAGCUGGCAAAGUUUUCAGAUGGCACUAAAAUUGGAGGGAUGACAGACACUGAGGAGGCAAUUCAGAAAGACUUAGAUGAGCUUCAGGACUGGGCCAACAUUCAGAAAAUGGAGUGUCAUGGAGAGAAGUGCUGCGUGCCACACUCGGUCCAGCAGGGACAUCAAUUACAGACAAAAGAGGUGGGACACUGA